CCUGUGUGAAACUCAAGAAUAGCAAGCAAAAACCAUGACGUUUGGCGCCAUUGACAUCAAACGUGGCGUGACAUGUCUUGGCAUGGAAGUACAUGCAAAUCUGAAUGAGAUUUGAGAGAUAUGGCAGGAGUCGAAAGGACUAUUUUUACUGUGCUUUUUGUCAUUUUUGGUCACCACUCGCUUUUAUUGUAUGAAAGAGUAUAGCUCAGAUCUUUUCUAACAUCUUUUGCGUUACAUGAGAGGGAAUAAAUGAUGACAGAACCUUCAUUUUCGGUAAACUAUGCCUUUUAAGGCUCUUGUGUUGCUAAAGAUUUCACUUCUGAAAGCACUAUACGUAUUUCAGUCUGUGACUCUUUAAAAAGGGAUUUGAUUUUUACUGCUCUUAAAUAUUGGUGGUUUACAAGAAGCUGUGUAUGAAAGAGUCUUCAUUAAUGAACCUGCUCAUGGAAGAUCUAAAGGCACAGUUUACUCAAAAACCAACAUUGUCAUCAUUCACUCGCGCCCUCAUGUCGUUUCAAACCUGUAUGACUUCCUCUUGUGAAACAUAAAACAAGACAUUUUGAGAAAUACAAUGCAAGUCAAUAACCAAAAAUUUUAUGUCACCAAAAUCCUUAAAAAUAUCUUCUUUUGUGUUCCACAGAGGAAAGUAAGUUUGGAACGAUAUGAGGGUGAGUGAAUGAUGACAGAUUUCUCAUUUUUGCCUUGUGUAUACCGUGCGAUGGAUAAUGUACCAAAUGGCAUUGAUCCAAUAUCAAAGCCCCAUCUGAUUACAGAUAAAAAAAAAAAAAACGAAAUUGAAAAGUUGGGAAAUCAGUUAGAUCAUUGACCGUGCCAAAAAAUUAAGAUUAUUGCUUAUCAUGUGAUAUACUUAACAUAUCCAUUUUGCUAUUGAGAUAAGUGUUCUAAAUGGAUCUUUCAAAAUCUUUAAAAUAUUUCAUUUCUAAAUGAUGUCUUCCCACAUAAACGCUUAAAAAUAUGAAGUAGCUGAUUCUCAUUUUUUUGGCAAUUAUAAUAUAUCUAUACUGUGUCCAGCAGCUAAUUAUGUGACAGGAGUGUAAUGGGACAUGAGUGUGAGUAAAACACAUUUAACAAUUAAAAUAAUACUUUGACUGUAUCUGUAAUUAGACUUUCAUUUAAUACCACUUGUGCCAAUAACUUUGUCAGAAGCCUGUUUUUGCUGCUCGAGGGAAAUACUUUGGACACUGAAAAAAAAAUAAAAAAAAUGUGGGGGCAAAAACAUGCUUGUGCAUGCUGCUUGCCUGUGUGGACCAGGAAGUAUUGUACAGGUAUGGGUAAAAGACUCUGGAAUCACUGCAGUUCCUGUCACUAGCUAAAAUGAUUGGCUACCAUUAGUGACGCAGAAAAGGAUAUAGAAGGAUGGUAUAAAUUGUGGGGAAAAACCACUUUCAUUUGGAGAGCAGCCGAUGCUUGAGGAAAACCGGACAAACCCAGAAUCUCCAGUCAAACUGAACCUGUAUUUGGGCCACAGCAUGACACAACAAGUGGAUAGAAGUUGUUUGCACUAUCAGGUACUUGGAUUGAUGCUAGUGUUAGCCGUCUUCUCUGGACUUGGAGACACUAAAGAGAAGUCAGAGGAUGUGAUCCUAUACAACACAACACACAGUAACGCAGGAAGUAGAGAGGAACCGCGAGUUUUGGCUAUUCAAAGGCCCUGUGGUCCAGAACAUGAGGGAUUCUGUUCCAAGGGUACGUGUUCCUACUCCUCCGACCUGGACACCCCCAUCUGCAGGUGUGACAAAAUGUUCAGCGGUAUGCGCUGUGAACAUGCUAUUUUGGACACCCAUCAAUUGUCCAGUCCUGAAGAAGUCAUUGGAAUUAGCUGUGGUGUAGUUUUAAUACUGGGAAGCAUCAUCGGACUGAUGUACUGCUGUUUAAAGAAAAGGUGUCAGAAGUCAUCACCACCCUACAAGAACUAUGGCUCUGAAAACUCUGUUUAAUUUAUUUGGCCAGAUAUAAUUCAUGCUCUUAAAUAAAGUGCUUUUAGGCCUAAGACAAGAAGGAGGACAAAAUAUCAAGACUGAUUCUACCAGCAAGACAGGCCAGACUUUGGAGUAGAGACACUACACCCUCUAGAGAACGGAGCGAGAAUUGCAAAGAAACACUUUGUGAUCUCCAUAUUCCACAAAGGACACAUUAAUCCAGUGGUUUUCAAUCCAGUUUCUCGGGACCCACUGCUCUGCACAUUUUGCAUGUCUCCCUUAUCUGACACACUAAUUUGAGUUCAUGGAGCUCUUUCCUAAUGAGCUGAUGAUCUGAAUCAGGUGAGUAAAUUAGGGAGAAAUGCAAAAUAUGCUGAGCUUUGGGUCCCCACGAACAAGUUUGAAAACCACUGCAUUAAUCAAUGUAAUUUAUUACAAUAGCAGUCACAAUGGGAAAAUGCAGGUUGUUUAACAUAAUUAUUUUAUAUUAAUUACAAGUUAUAAUAUAACUUGGGCACUGUAAUGUAAAAAUAAUUCACUAACAUUUAAAAACUGCAUGUAGAACUGUCAAUCAGAUUCUUGUUUAUCCAUAAGCAAAUGUCCUGUGCUGCCUCCGUUAUGAAUGUAUUAUGUAAGUGCACAUAGCUAUUUAUUGCACAGCUAUAAACAUGAUGAUACUAAAUGUAAAACCUAAACCGUGCGAAUGUACUUGUAUCAGAUAUUUAUUUAUUGACACAUUUGUAUAAAUUAUGAUCUUUAUGAUCUCAGCUCAAGCAUUAUUAAACUCAGUAACUGUAAA